UUUUUAUUCUUUCGUUUUUAUUAUAGAUUAUUAUCAUAGAAGCUGCUUUAGACUGAAGUUGUUAGGCUGCAUUCAUUCCCUGGUGUGUCAGAGGGCGUUUUAAAUUUUGCGUUAAUAAUCAUUUCUGGGAAGGAUUAAAUGUGCGCAAAAGAAAAAACAAAUCAGUAGAGACACACAAAAAUCUCCAGUGUAGAAUUUUCCCAGCACUGGUGCCAGCACUGAUUCCUCUGAGCUGUCAUCCAUGAACUAGUGUGUGUUUAAAGUUGAAGCAGAAUGUCAGUGUUGAAUUACUUGUUGUCCCAGAUAAAUCCCACUGGAAUGAACCAGCACUGCGGGUGUUUGUUUAGAUUUUGCGGUGGAGAAUUAAUGUGGAGUGUCGAUCGGCAGUGUUUCCUGCGCUGGGCUGCUGUGUGUGUGUCUCUGUCUGUGUUGUCAGACUAGUCCCGAGUCAGCGGACAGGACCGCGGUCAGGCUAUUUUUACUGCACUGCCACUGAGUUCAUGCACUCUGUGCGUUCCGCAGAUGUUCUCCCAGCCACAGGAAGCUGCUCUAUGUCCGGACAAUAGACUUUCAGUGAGACCUGUGUACUGUAGGUUUGCGUGUGCGCGCACGCGGGCGUGCAUGUGUAGCCUAUACAGUUAUGUGCGCUUGCUUGUGCGUGCGCGAGUGUGAAGGUGACACUGUGACGUCACGUGCUGCUUGUAAGCCGACACACUCGGCCAUUCGCUUGCUGAAUGAAUGAAUGAAUGAAUGAAUGAAUGCACGUGAAUAAGGCGAUGAACGUGGCGGCGGUGUGCGCGCUGAUGGCGGUGCUGUCGUGCUGGCACGGCGCGGACCUGCUCUCACUGCUCGGUGCGUUUGUUGCAGACGCGCUGCUCGGCGCUGCCAUGCCGGAAGCGGAGGGAUCAGGCCGGACUCCGCAGGGGGUCCCCUACAGCGAGCUACCGCACAUCAUCAACGCUGACGGACUGCACCUGUUCUGCCGCUACUGGGAACCGGAAGGAGCGCCGAAGGCGCUGGUGUUUGUGGCACAUGGAGCUGGAGAGCACUGCAGUGUGUACGCCGACGUCGCUCAGACACUGACCCAACACUCCCUGUUUGUGUUCGCCCAUGACCAUGUGGGCCAUGGGCAGAGUGAAGGGGAGAGGAUGAAUAUUAAAAACUUUCAGAUCUACAUCAGAGACAGUCUGCAGCACAUCGACCUGAUAAGAACGCGCUACCCCAACCUGCCCAUCUUCAUCCUCGGCCACUCGAUGGGUGGUGCCAUCUCUAUUUUGACUGCAUGUGAGAGGCCGCAGGAUUUCGCCGGCGUGGUUCUGAUAGCCCCUAUGAUCCAGAUGAACCCAGAAUCUGCCACACCCUUCAAGGUUUUCAUUGCUAAAGUCCUGAACCAUAUGGCUCCCAGCCUCUCCAUCGGCUCCAUCGAUCCCAAGUUGGUCUCCCGGGACCCAAAACAGGUGCAGGCAUAUGAAUCAGAUGAGCUGGUUUAUCAUGGAGGUUUGCGCGUAUCAUUCGGAAUGCAGCUGAUGGCUGCUUCAAGCCGCAUCGAAACAGAGCUUCCCAACAUCUCCUGGCCUUUCCUCCUUCUGCAUGGAACUGCUGACAAGCUCUGCGAUAUCAGAGGAUCCCAUCUCAUGUACAACCAAGCUAAGAGCACAGACAAAAAAAUGAAGGUGUAUGACGGAGCCUACCAUGCCCUGCACCAUGAGUUGCCUGAGACGGCGGAGUCUGUCCUUCAAGAAUUGAUCACCUGGAUUAUUGAGCGUCUUCCCGCCCCCUCUGGGCCUUAACUGUCCAUCUUCCCAGUAACUACACCCCUCUGAAUAAGCACCACAUCUCUCACUAUUUUCACCUCUCUCCUCUCUGUUUACAACAACUCCUCCUGCUGGGGUGCAUCCAAACUCAAUUAUGUUCAUUAUUAACAAUCUAGGAGAGGUCAGGGGUCACCACUCUCUCACCUCUGGCACCAAGGUCAAAGCUUUGAUGUUAAGUCUGGAGUGUCAGGCUUGUCUCUUUUUUUUUUCUCAUUCCACACUUUCUGUCACCACGGGGUGCAGUUAACAUGUUAUCGUGUCAGUCACCAGGAGUCCCAUAAUGAUCACAGCUGCCCCCAACACCCAGCCUUUCUUUUGUGUGUUGCUACGGUAACAAAGCAGUUGCUCUAUGUUGUCCUUCAUCUUUCUUUUGAUGUUAGGUAUUCAGUCCUGGCUGAGCUGCUGCGCUGCAGCUCUGCUGCCCCUGCUGGACAACAGCGGCACUGUAGUCUUCAAUCAUCCCAGUUACCAGGGCAACACCAUAAAAUACUAGCAGGGAAAAAUGAAUCAAUUAUAAAACAGGGUGUCAUGGUAACCAAGUGAGAGAGGACAGGGGAUAGAGAGUGAUAGAUUGUCUGAGGAGCGAUGUUAACUGGAUGUUCAGUGAGAGGAAUGAAGCAGUGAGAGGAAAUCUAGAACAUGGCAGCUGCAAGGGAAUACCCUCAAGCCCUGAUCAGUCACAGAGAUUAAACCCACACACAAUGCUUAUGCAUAUACACACAAGCGGCAAACACACCACCACAAACAGAACAUUUAAUUGGCUAUUUAUUUAUGAUAUGACAAUACGUCAGACUGUAUUAUCUGAACCUUGUUUGCUCUUGACUGAUUACUGUUUAAAUGACUACAGACUGUUCCAUUGCCAUGUAUGGGGGGGGGUUUGUGGUGGCGAUGACUGUUCUCUAACAUUGUGUCAACAAGCUGAAUGCUGAAUGUCUAUUGGCAGUUGAUACCUCCUCACAGAAACAGAAAACAUUACAUCCCUAAUGUGCAUUGUUACUGAUGUAUAGCUUUGUGUAUGAAUUACUGUUAAUCCAAAAAUCUACACAUUAUUGCAAUACUUUUAUGUUUUUAAUGACCUAAAUGUGAGUUGGCAAUCAGACUGGAAAAACAAGAUGUGUAGAUUGAGAGAAUGUGACUUUUAGGAUCCACUAAUCUCAGUACUUUCAACUUUCUUAGCACUUAUGCUGACAAAAAGGAUGUGGGUUACAAAUUCUUCUAAUAUUUUAGAGGACUUUUAUUGGGUUUUUUUCCUGUUAAACUCAUAAUUUCUCCAUUAACAUUUAUUUGAAGGUCUUUAAGGUUUUGCUGGCCCUUUAUUUCUUAGAAGUAAUAUGUUUUAUGAGAUACUGUAAGUGGGCACAACUACAAUAUAUUAUUAGUUAUUUUGUUUUGUUUUGUUUUUUUAAUAUUUGCACAAUAAUGUAAAUACAUUUGCAUUUACACUAUUUUCCUAAGCACUGAAGUACUUGUAUAUCUUCUUUGUUCAAGAAGAAUCUUUUCAACAAAAUGAAGAUCAGACCAGGAGAUAUAUUAUAAUAUAUAAUAUAAAAGAAAUUUGUGUACAAAAAAGUUUAAAUGUUCUGGUUCCAAAAGAAGCUGUUAUAGCUUAAUUUUCAGAUUCCUGAAGUUCGUUUAGGUGUGUACAUAUCAUAUUUGAGCAGUUUGAAAAAUAUUACAUUAAGGCUGUUUUUCUUAUUGCAAAAAAAAAAAAAAUUACAGUUACCUAAUUUUAUAAAUCCAUACAAGUGUAACAGUACCAUAUAUAUCUAUUUCUCACAUUUCUAUCCUUAAAGAAAGACACAUACAGUACUUUAUGCUAUCUCAAGGCUUAAUAAUACUUUGAAAUUCUAAAAUCUAUGAAAAUCCCAAUUGUUUCUGUUAACAAAUCAGCUAUCUUACCAUGCUAUCUGAGGUGUGUUGCUUUUGGCCUUGUUUUAUAGCACUUGGGUGAUUCUGGUCCCAUUUUUGGCAAAUAAGACUGGUGCUGAUCUGAUGCACAUGUACAUCUAGUAUAUGCAAAAUUGAUCAGAGAGCUUUUAAAGUGAUUUUUAUCUUGCUCAAUACAGAGCACUAAGCUAAGACUCAGUGGUCAAUAACAGAACGUUCUUCCCCGUGCAGAACCGCACGCUGUGCAGGUUGUACAUUAAUCCGGAUGUCUCAGGGAGCAAGUCUUUUAGUGCAGCUAAUUUCACCCAGUUAAUAAAACAUCAGCUUUGACAGGUGUCCCAUCCAGUUUGAAAUUAAAAAAACGGGUCAAUAAAAUGAAUUAAUGAUUAAAAGAGGCUAUAAUAAGAUUUCUAUAUAAGUAUUUCUAUAUAGAGUGAUGCCAUUUUGUAGAAAUAUGAAUAGUUAAAGCGAUGAUGCUUUACAACUCUUGACUGUUUCUGUAAUCAUUCAAGAAGACUUGUGAACAUGCUUGAGCAACAUAGUAGCAGAAGGCACCCUAACAGACCCAGGAAAAGAAACCAUCUCGUUGCUAUGAGCUGCCACGUCAGAUUACAUUACAACAGCCUUGUCCUUGCAUGCAUCUUUAAUGAUUAUACACCAUGUAAAAUGCAGAGUACUUUCAUUCUUGCCGUCUGAUACAGAAAUGUGCGACUUUUGUGUUUGCAGUAUCUCAGAAGCAAUGCUAUCAAUAGCUAGUCAUCAUUAGAUUCGCUCUGUCACAGUAGGUAGCAUGGCUUUGAAAUCCCCAUCCACCAGUGAUCACCAGCUAUCAGUGGUUUAUGAUUGGUCUUUUGAAAUCCAGUCGUGCAGCACUGUAGGCAGUUCUACUGCAACAUUUAAUGUGAACUCCAGACUUUGUGCGAGUCUGUGAAGUCAGGUGUGGGAAUGUUUAUAGACUCCUGUUUGUAUAUGCAUGUAAAAUAAACUUUUUAAUUUCUACUAAUAAUUGUAAUAUAAUUCUGAAUACAAUAUUGUGAUUGAAUUGUUUCAUUUUGACAUCAUGGCCAGUAGAUAAAUAAAUGAAGACUGUUACAAGA